CCGCCGCCCCGGCGCCCCGAGCCGGCCGCCGCCUCCUCUCCCCUCCGGCAUGUUUUAAGCCCGGCCCUGCCCGCUCCCCUUCGGGCUUCCCUACCCGCCGCCGUCGGGUCCCGUCCCGUUCGCCCCGCUCCGCUCCUUGCGCGUUCCCCCCCUCGAAGCGCCGGCGGCUGGGGGGGCGCGGGGGCGGUGGGCGCCCGCGGGGGGCGAGGGCAGAAAAGCCCCGCUCGGCACCAUGGCGUCCAGCUAUGCCCACGCCAUGGAGAGGCAGGCCCUGCUGCCCGCCCGCCUCGACGGCCCCGCCGGCCUGGACAAUUUACAAGCCAAGAAGAACUUCUCCGUGAGUCACCUGCUGGACCUGGAGGAGGCGGGCGACAUGGUGGCCGCCCAGGCGGAGGAGGGCGGCGGCGAGCCCGGCCGGAGCUUGUUGGAGUCCCCCGGGCUGACCAGCGGCAGCGACACCCCGCAGCAGGACAAUGAUCAGCUGAACUCAGAAGAGAAGAAGAAAAGAAAGCAGAGGAGGAACAGGACUACCUUCAACAGCAGCCAGCUGCAGGCACUAGAGAGGGUCUUCGAGAGGACACACUACCCCGAUGCCUUCGUACGGGAAGACCUUGCACGCAGAGUCAACCUCACUGAAGCCAGAGUUCAGGUGUGGUUCCAGAACCGGAGAGCCAAGUUCCGCCGGAACGAGAGGGCCAUGCUGGCCAGCAAGAACGCCUCUCUGCUCAAAUCCUACUCAGGGGACGUGACGGCCGUGGAGCAGCCCAUAGUACCUCGCCCCGCCCCCAGACCCACCGACUAUCUCUCCUGGGGGACCGCCUCGCCCUACAGUGCCAUGGCCACCUACUCUGCCACGUGUACCAACGCCAGCCCGGCACAGGGCAUGAACAUGGCCAACAGUAUUGCCAACCUGAGACUGAAGGCAAAGGAAUAUAGUUUACAGAGGAAUCAGGUGCCCACAGUCAAUUAACGACUGGGGGCAGCUGCCUUGCAGAAGGAGAAAACACAACAGCACCUGUCCUGCUUCGCAACCUGUCUGUGCUGAAAGAAAAAAAAAAGAAAAAGAGAACAACGACAAUAAAAAAACACAAUAAAAAUAAAAGAGAAAAAAAAAAAAAAAAAAAAAAAAAAAAAAGCCAACCCUCACCCAGAACUGAACACGGGGAGCAAACUGAACCUGUGAGUGAUAAGGUUCCUCCUUCCUUUUGGGAUAAUGCCACCAUUUUUUUUUUCUUGUUAUCGUCGAGUUUAUUGCUUCUGCUCAAUAUACUACGAGCUUCUUCAGUAAAGGACAGUCUCACCCUUGCUGGUUUCCAUUUUUGUACGGGACUGCAAAAAGAAACCUCUGCCAGUCUCAGCCCACGGACGAGUCCCACCGCCAGCACGCUGAGGUACAAAGCUUGCUCAUCUCCCCACUGCCCCAGCUCACCCGAGGAGAAGAAUUUGUUUGGUCACCAAUUCCCAUGAGAUCCACCCGACCCUCAUCCCUCCAGUCCCUUGUGCCACAGAGGCAGCACGUUCCUAUCAGUCUGCCAGGAGCCCGUUUAAUGCAGCAAGAUGGAUUCCUGCUGUCUGAGUUGCCUGGAAAACCUCCUUGGGCUCUGCAGAGCUCCAUUGCCUUGUUGAGUACUCCCGGCACUGCUGCCUCAAGAAGCCAAAGAAGAGAGCAAAGCCAACGUGGGUCUGUGGGCAGGGGGAGUGUAGCAGGGGGAUCUCUCUGCAGUGCCAAGAACAGGACUGUCAGGACACUCCUUUCUAUGCCUUACAGUUUGUGCCACAGGGAAAGGCGUUGUCCAGAUGCAUUUGUUUUAUAUAUACUGUAUAUAUUUAUAUAUAUGAGAUAAUACAUGCAAGCUUGGUUGGUGUUUUUUAUUAAACAAAAUAAAACCCAUUGAAAACGUUGGGGAUGUUUGUGCUGCAUCCAGGUGGAGCUGUGCAUUGAAAUUCCAGCCACAGCCUCUCUCAGCCUUGGCAGAGCUCUUCCCUGCAGCCUUGGGCAGCUCUGGGGAAGGCAGCUCAUGUCCUCCCAUGAGAACCCCCAAAGAAGAGGUGCUGGAGGGAGCCACGCUCCUCUUUGCAGGUUUUCCCCAUGGGCAGCUGCACAGAACACGACAAGGAGCUCCUCUGCAGCCAGACUGGUUCAUGUGGCUUUUGGGAACAUGCAGGGAUAUCCCCAGGGAAAGCCUCUCUGGGCACAAGUGAUGUUGGACUUGAUGAUCUUAGAGGUCUCUUCCAACCUCAUUAUUCUGUGAUUCUGUGAUGUCUCAGCAGGGAGCAUCCCACCAAAGAUCCCUCAACACUGCUCUGUAAGUCUUGUGCUAUAACCUUAACUAUUUCCCCUACCUGCUGUCCUCCCUCUGGGCUCUGGAGACCUAAUUAAUUUAUCUCCAUGAAGAGUAGAGGAGAUGCAGCCCAAAAGGCAUUUCUUCCACACAAACAUCCUGAGGAAAUUAGGAUCUUUCUCACUGCUGGUGAUGCCUGUCUCUCCCAUUUUGGGGGAGGAGGGGGUUGAUUUAUGACAAACAGCACUUGUGUCCAAACUGAGAUGGACAAUGCCAUGGAAUUGCCCUGAAGGCAGCAGAGCUACCCCAUGGUCCAGGCUGCACCAUCAGGGAAGGAGAAUGAAGCUGAGCAAUGAGGAAUUCUUCUGGUAGACUGGCUUAGAUCUCCAGCCUGGUGUUUGCUGCAGGCACACAGGGCAUAUGUAGAUGUCUGACAGUGGGCUUUGAUAGUCUAAAAUAGCAUGUUGCAGGAAAUGAGGAAUAAAUCUCUUUAAAGUGUAGGUGAAAAUUAAACUGGCAGAAGAUGAAUGGAAAUCCAGCCAAAAUAUUUGAGCUAGCACAAGGCAAAAAAGCCUCGAAUCCAAACUGGAGUAAGUUGUGCCUGUGAUUGUAUGCAUUGCUGCUGGAUUUUUUUUUCCCUCCCUGUAUGGGUAUUUUUAAGGAAAAAACCCUAAUUGUGAUCAGGACAAAAAGCUGAAAGUCACAGGCAGAACACCAGGGAAACGGAGGCAGGGCGAGUACUGUGCUUUAAGAAAUCCAUCAUGUUCUGUUUGAUCCCUUUUUUUGGCCACCUGCAGUCUGGAGAACCUCACAUUUGUAAACCAGAAUAUUUCUAUCCUGCACAGCGCAGGUCCAGCUCCUAGAGCCAAGUGAUCAUGUUGGAAAUCUCAGGCUGCACUUAGAAACUCGCUCCUGCUUCCUGUGCCUACACAAACACACAAACUAUUGAAGAAUGUGGUCAGAAAGGACCCAGUGCCUUUGGGUAACACCACUCAAAGGCUGAACUGGUUGUUGAGUACCUUAAGCUGGUGCUCUCCUCUCCCCUUGCCUUGCUGCCCUCCUCCAGAGCCCACCACCAUCCCAGCAGCACCAGCAGCCUGGGUGAAUUCCCCUGUGCUGGCCUGAGAGCUCACCCUGGAGUUUCAGCUCUUUCCUUCAGCAUCCCUCAGCCUGUGGCUUUCCUCCAGUCCUUGCUCAGCUUCUCUGCAGUAGAAAAACCACCGUGAGCAGCUUUUGUUGGUGUGUGUGUAGGGACACUACUUUGUGAGGUUACCAAGGGGCAGUUCAGGGAGCAUGAAGCUCCUGGUGCCCCGUGACCCAGCCAUGGACUGAGAUCUCCAUCCCCACGCUGUGAUGGUCACGUCAAGGGGCUCACAAAUGCCAGUGCAAGCCCUUGUUCAGCCUCCUCCAUUUAUCUGAGUUGUCUGGCAUGGGGCUGCUCCUGCAGGGAGGCUGUGGGAGCUUCUGCACCUCCAGUUUGAGCUGGGUCUUGCCUUGGGUCGGGCUGCUUGGUCAGGGGUGCCAGCACAGCUGACUGGCUAUCAGUCAGUUCAGAUAAAACCUUUACAUCCCCUUUGGUGACCCAAUAUUGCUUUGUUUACAUGGAUUUACUAACCAGAGUCCAGCUGGAUGAACAGACAGCUUCUGGUGUUUGUUUCUUAAUUGCUGAUGACCUCAGCCAAAAGACAGCGACUUGUCGUCGCUCAAGCCAAAGUGAAAUAUUAGAAUUGUGUAUGUUUAAUCUGUAUUUUAUUAAACCAUGUAAAUAUAUGUGCAAAUCAAGGGCCUUAUCCUCAAAGAGUGGAGUUCUCCAGGGUUUCAGUAGACUUCCAGUUGUAGCUCUGGGAAGUUGCCAUGGUUACCACGGUUAUCAUUGAGUUUGGGUACCAUUCAGGGGAGAAAAUGUGUCUUAAGGCAUUUUCCUCUUGCCUAAUCUGUAUGAGCACUGUUUUCUCAGGCUCUCCCUUUCUCAGCAGAGAAAUAGGUGACUGGUUCCCUCAAAGUGGGAAUUUUGUGCGUGGCAGGGAUGGAUGAUUGACGAGGCUGCCGUGAAGCCACGGGAUUUCAAGAUGGAAGUGUAUCCUGUAAAUUAUCUCUUGCUUUGUGAUGUAAAAUGUACAGUGUUUGCACUAGAAUAGAAAUGAUCAUUUUCAAUAAAAGGGGGAAGAGACUCCUCAAUCCUUUCUAUAA